CUGAGUCUCCGCCCUGGCAACAAGCUAAUACAUCCAUGGCAACCAGCUGCAGAGAUCAAUAACAUCCGCCCGUGUUUUCAUCAGCUGCUCCAGUUUAGGGAAGACGGAGGACAUAUUUAAUGCUGUCUUUCUUUCUUUCUGAUCUAAAAUGGACACUUUACAAGCAGGAGACCCGCGGUAUCUGAAAAGGAGAGUGAAGGGCUGCAGUAUAGACGUCCACCCCACUGAGCGAGCGCUGGUGGUUCAGUACGAGGUGGAGGCCACCGUCCUAGGAGAGCUGGGGAACCCCAUGGUCGGAGAACGCAAGGAGUGUCAGAAAAUUAUUCGCCUGAAAAGCCUGAACGCCCACACGGACACGUCCUCUUUGGCCCGGAAGGUCGUGGAGGAAUGCCGGCUGAUUCACCCGUCCAAACUCCUCGAGGUGGAGCAGCUGCUCUUCUAUUUGCAAAACCGCAAACAUUCAAAUGACAACCAAGAGAAGAAACGCAUCUCGCCUCGAGACUUCACACCGUACGCUGGAGUGGAGCUGGACGAGGAAGCGAGCAUCAACAGCAUCAGUGAGUACGUGGAGCUGCUGUAUGAGGACAUCCAGGAGAAGAUCAGAGGAGCCACGCUCAUCCUCCAGCUGGCUCGCAACCCCGACAACCUGGAGGAGCUCAUACAGAACGAGACGGCCCUCGGAGCCCUGGCCAGAGUUUUGAGGGAGGACUGGAAGCAGAGCGUCGACCUGGCAACAACCAUCAUCUAUGUCUUCUUCUGCUUCUCCAGUUUCUCCCAGUUCCAUGGCCUGGUCACUCAUUUUAAGAUCGGGGCCCUGUGCAUGAAUAUCAUCGAGCACGAGCUGAAGAGGUAUGACCUCUGGCAAGACGAACUACAGAAGAAGAAGAAGGCCUCUGAAGAAUCCUCUGAGAACCAAAAUCUGAAGAAAGAACAUGAGAAGUCUUUCAGGAAGUACCAGAGCCUUCUGGCCAAGCAGGAGCAGCUUCUCAGAGUGUGUCUGUGUCUGCUGCUGAACCUGGCUGAAGACACCCGCACGGAGCUGAAGAUAAGGAACAAAAACAUCGUCCACAUGCUGGUGAAGCUCCUGGACCGGGAGGACGAGGAGCUGCUGCUGGUGGCGCUCUCCUUCCUCAAGAAGCUCUCCAUCUUCCUGGAGAACAAGAACGACAUGGCGGAGACGUUCGCCGUGGAGAAGCUGGCUCGGCUGGUUCCCUGCGAGCACCAGGAGCUCCUGAGCACCGCCCUGCGCCUUCUGCUCAACCUCUCCUUCGACACGUCGCUGCGCGGCCACAUGGUCCAGGCGGGACUCCUUCCCAAAGUCUCUUCGCUGCUCGCUGACGAGGCCCAGAGACAGCUCAGCAUGUGCAUUCUGUACCACAUCAGCGUGGACGACAGAUUCAAGUCCAUGUUUGCCGACACAGACUGCAUACCGCAGCUGAUGAAGAUGGUGUACGCCUGCGGGGAGGAGAAGAUGGACGUGGAGCUCAUCUCCCUCUGCAUAAACCUGGCUGCCAACAGGAGCAAUGCAAAGAUCAUCUGCGAAGGUAACGGUCUAAAGAUGCUGAUGAAGCGUGCGCUGAAGCUGAAGGACGUUCUGGUGAUGAAGAUGAUCAGAAACCUUUCUCAGCACAACGGACCCACUAAGAGCCUCUUCCUGGACCACGUGGGCGACCUAGCAGCUCAGAUCAGCGAGGACGAGGCCGAGGAGUUUGUGAUCGAGUGUCUGGGCACGCUGGCCAAUCUCACCAUCCCCGACCUGGACUGGGCGCUGGUUCUCAAGGAGUACAACCUGGUGCCGUACCUGAAGGACAGACUCAAACCAGGUUCUGCAGAGGACGAUCUCAUCCUGGAGGUGGUGAUCAUGAUCGGCACCGUCUCCAUGGAUGACUCCUGUGCAGCCAUGUUGGCCAAGUCUGGCCUCAUUCCUGCUCUCAUUGAGCUGCUCAAUGCCCAACAAGAGGAUGACGAGUUUGUGUGUCAGAUUGUGUACGUCUUCUACCAGAUGGUCUUCCACAAAGCUACCAGGGACGUCAUCGUCAAAGACACGCAAGCCCCAGCGUACCUCAUCGACCUGAUGCACGAUAACAACGCAGAGAUCCGCAAAGUCUGCCACAACACGCUGGACAUCAUCGCCGAAUAUGACGAGGAGUGGGGAAAGAAGAUCCAGAAUGAGAAGUUCCGCUGGUACAACGGUCAGUGGCUGGAGAUGGUGGAGAACCGUCUGAUGGAUGAAGAGGGAGAGCCCUUUGUGUUCGGGGAGGACAGAGAAUCCUUCAUCGGGGACAGAGACAUCCUGGAGAGACCCGACCUGUUCUACAGCGCCGAUGGGAUCAUGUCAGCAGACGGUGCCAUCAGUCCGGAGUUCUACACCGACUUCCCGAAUGGAGAGCUGGGACAGACGGGAUACAUGGGCAAUGUGUCAGAGCAGUUUGUCCCAGCAGAUCGGCCCGUCAGCGCCUACGGCUUCCGCCCCGAUGAACAGUUUUUCUGCAACUUCAACACGGCCUCCCGGUAAACCUGGAACCUCUCACACGUCAACCCUGUACAAGUGUUGUGUCCCUGAUAUCCACUGUGUGCUGCUGAAGCUGUGUUUCCACCUCUCUUUAUGCACCUUUCAACGCUCUAUAAGUCGUCACUGCAAAGGAUUAUCAUCUCAACCAUUGAUAUAUUGAUCUGUUAAUGAGGCGAGCAAUUACAAUUUUGUAGAAUUUAGCACCAAAAGUAAUUUUAUUUGAACAUACCGACA